GAGGAUAUUCAACACGAAUCUGAAGAGCCUGGGAAGCCCAAAGAUAAACCAUCAUCUCCUGGGUCCAUAUUCUUUCCCAAGGCACGCCAUACUUUGUACUUCAACGAGGAUAUUGAAGGUUCAGUGAAGGGGGCUUCCAGCGUAGAUAUGGAUGGAUUUUUCGAAUUUCCGCCACCAAGUGAAAAAUCAGUUGCAGGAAAUUAUCAAAAAUCUAUGGAUCACGCCCCCAAAACAAGAAGAGAAACCACUUUAACUGAAGGAAAUAUGGACGAAACAAAUAUUAGUGCGGGAGAAAAUACGGAAAACACAAGUCUCCGGAUGUUUAGGAAGCUUGAAGAGAGGCUUUCGGUUGCUCAGAAAUCUAGUGAAGGAACGAGCGAUUUUUUCGGAUUCGAUAUUACGGGAACUAAUGUGAACGAAAGCGUAAAUAAAAAAGUAAGCUUUAGGGAAAAGCGAGAGCAACAAGUUGAUAUUGCGGUAAUGGAUUUCAACAAAAGCAAGUUUCAGGCAGCUGAUAUGCCCCAUGGACAAGCAUCGCUUAAUAAAGGUGGGAGUACUUCCGGAAGACGGGCGACAAUUUUCUUGAAUGAAGACAUUGAAUGUGAUCCUCCUCAAAAUUUAGUAGAUUCAAAUUCGAAAGAGUUUGAAUGCAAAAAACUGUUCCCACCGGAAAUCCAAGGAAAAAAGAAUGAUCCACGCCGUACACAAACAUUCAGUGGGGAGAUGAUUGAUGAAGACGUAGAUAACAUUGGAUCUUGUGAACGAGUCUUAGAUAAAACGCGUGAGAAGUCCAUUUUAAAUGAGGCAUCUUUGCCCGUAUUGUCUCUACCAGAGACAACUCCUAUACCUUCUAAGCCUCGUCCUACACUACUUUUUAAGAAUGGUGAGCCAAUUGAAUCGGAAGGUGAGUUAUCCAGAAGUGAUGCACGCAAGGGAAUAGAACAAAACAAAAGCAAACUUCAGACUUCUGAUAUUUCGCUCAAACAAGCACAAUUUAAGGAAAUCGAAAAGAUCUUAACGAAACGUGGCACAAUUUUCUUCCACGAGAACAAUGGGAUGGAUUUUGAUCUAUCUAAUAACGUGCUUGACUGCGAUGCAGUAGGCUCUGAAUCUAUUAAUCCUACAACGUCUAAAUCUCGUCCAACAAUGCAUUUCAAAAAGGGGGAACCAAUUGAAACGGAGGAUGAUUUGGACAGAAGUAAAGCGCACAGAGCACAUCUUCAAAGGAUGACGUUUGCAAACGAAGCAGAAAAUAUGGAAGUUGAAAGUAGUUUGAAUUAUAUAGACCACCCAGAUAAAAAGAUUAUAUCAGCUGGGAAUAGCGUCAUUAAAGCGAUAAACAGUCAAAAAGCCUACUCGAAUGAAACUUCUGAGAAACGGCGAGAACAAAGUUCAACUCUCAAGGAAGACUUCGGUAUAAGUUCUAAACAACCUCGCUUUAAAACGAUCGAUUCAGAACUCGAAUGCGUUCCCAUUCCACUGCACAGUCAUGCUCGCAAGGGCCUAGUUUUCCAGAUAGAUCAAAGGAUCCAACCGUCGUUUGAGGACACACACAAAGCAGCUGAGGAGAGUCGAUCAAAGGCAAUCGGAUCUGGAACAAACGUCCGUCAAACAAUAUUUUUUAAUGAGGCGAUCGGUACUAGCACGGAAGCAAAUGUUGGGAAGGGUUCCAACCAAAAUAGAAAGACUCUUCAUUUUAGCAAUCUGAAAAUGGAAAUUGAUCAGUUAUUAGAACCUCUCUCAAUAUCGGGCGAAGAAGUUGAUAUGAAAUCUAGCGAGAUGUGUAGGCAAAAUAACGCUCGAAGAACAAUUCUUCAAAGAGCUGAUCUAGAUGAGACACAUAUGGUUGCCCAGAAGAAUACGAGCAUUUUUGAACUAUUUAAAGCGAAAAAUUCGAACGAAAUUAAUUCAUCAAAAAGUGCAGACAAUAGCAAUAUAAGAGCCCCACAAAUGGAACAAUCUGACCUAACUGAAAGCACAACGAAUAUCAAUACAAAUUCAAGCGGGGGGCAAUUAAAUACAUUUAAAAAUGUGAUUGUUCCUAAUUCCGCGAAUAAAUCUCAUCGCCCAGAACCUGUAGCGAAUCCACGCAGGACAGUCAUCUUCAAUAAGGAAAGUAUUUUGGAAGAUUCAUUUGGGAACAAUAAAUCGCAUACUCAACCACAUCAGAGUUUCGCGUCGUCCCAUUUUCCAAAUAGAAAUCCCGAAUGCAGUCAAAAUUCAUUAAAGGAUAUCAAGAGAAGGGAGACGAUAUUAGUGCCUGUAGACAUGGAUGAGUCGACAGACUGUUUGGAAAAGGUAAAUAAUUCAAAAGCACAAAACAAGGAAUUGAAAUCGGACCGCCAGCAGCAUUCAUUAGCAUACCACCAACAACUGGAUUAUUCACAUCCAGCCGACAUUGAUUUGAGUUUGCGCGAAUCAGAACAACGAAAUCAAUCCGAAGUAAACAAUGUAGCCGGAACUGCGGAAAUCAGUAUGCUACAACGGAGAAAAUCCGAGCAAUCGGUGAAUCGCUCUUCAACCAAUCGAAGUGCCGCUCCCAGUAACGAAGCCAGCUACACUCAGCGCCCCAAUCGUGGAACCUUUGUAAUUUAUAGGGACAAAGAGCCUGUUGACGGAGAAUCACCCGAAACAUCGCAAGCUUCCGCUAAAAAAGGGUUCGAAAAUUCAUCAUGGACACUAUCAGACAACCGUCCCCGCCUGUUAAGAUCGGCCCGCGACUCAAUCUAUCUGAGUCGAACAGCACAGUGUCCUCUAAUUCCGGGAAGUCUUCAUACAACAACAAGUUCAGCAGAUUUCUCAGCCAAUACUACAGCUGCACUGUGUAACCUCGACCCGAAUUGCAUUACAGGAGCUGGUUAUAAACGAUGUUUCAACAAAAAUUAUGCCACAGAAGAGACAGUUGACAAACAGUUGAAAUAUAACGGCGCAGAUAAUACCAUGAAGCUAGAAAUCGAUGGAAUUCAAGGAGAUUAUGAUGAUAUCGACAAGACUCAAAUUGAUCUUGUAAAUUCAACACUACUCGAUUCUUCCGAGAAAGAUGAAUUGUGCGAGGCAUCUGUUAUGAUUGUGGAGACUAUGAACUCCGAGGAAUCUUCAGCUAAUUCUAAAAAGUCAAUGCUUGAAGAAAAAGAGAAAUUUUUGUGUCGAAAGUGUAGAAACUGCCAGAAAACACUGAAUGAUACAACUUUAGCGGAAUUUCGUCUGAAAGAAGAAGACGAAGAGAAUUUGGUCAUCAACUUCGACGCGUUGAAAAGACUAAAAGGCAAACCUCGCUUCCCAGAUGUUCUCAAGGAGUUCAAGGAACGACGUUUGUCAAAUAGUUUUAAUUCUACUUAUGAGGAAUCGGUACUGCUACCAUUAGUGCCAUCAACUGAUUUUUUGUUGCAAAACUAUUCAGAUGAAUACAUGCAAAAACUGGAGGAGGAAAGCCAGUUGAAAAGUUUGGUACCGGCUAUAUACCCAGUGAUACGACCAUUUGAAUAUCUGUUUCGAAAUCGGCUUGAAACAGAGAAAUGCAAUUGGAAUUUCAAUAAUUUGCAUUUACCUGUUGGAAUAUUGGAGUGCCAACACCGCAAAGUUAGGAAUAUUCGUCUAAUCAUCAAGUUCGACCGACACGAUUUGUAUAAAGCUAACGCCAGUCAGCUGCAGUUUAACCAAGUGUCUAUGCAAAAAUCGAAUUUAUACAAAAAUCCAUCAACAUUUGAAAGAGUCGUUCAAAAUGAAAUCUUUCUCCAAGUUCCUUCUGAUCUAACAGCAUUUUGUAGUUCAAGCAUUGAUUUAUUUACGUUCUUAGAAACUGUCGACAGUAUCUGUGAUAAAUCAUAUCAGCUAGCAAAAGGAUUGUUGAAAGUUACAUUCUCCAACCGUAGUUCACUGCAGUGCAAUGAAAGUGGGAAUUGUGUUGUGAAAAAGGUCGUUAACAACGAAUCUAAUACUGCAACUAAUGGAAAUAGAUUUGAAUUUCUCAUUCGUGUCCGGAAUAUUGAGAAAAUGUGUUCAGAUGACAUAAUCAUGCCUCCGCGAUCUUAUUUUAAAGAUCAUGUGAAGACGCUGCCAAUCGGUCUGGCAUUUUUGGAUAAAUUCCUAAAAAGUCCAGACAAGUAUUUACUCUAAUAAUUUGUAGAAUAGAAGGAAUUUUAAUUGAAUAAGUUGUUAUGUAUAAUACUGAUGAUGUGAGCCAAAUUUUUUGGAGGAAGUGGAGGAAAUAUCAAAGUCAGUGUUGAAUUUGUAUUUAUACUUAGCUGGCCCGGCGAACUUUGUAUCGCCUUAGAAAAAAUAAAUGUUGGCCUAACUUA